AUGUUUUGUGCAUUGCCGCAACGGGAUGCUACUGCAGCUGUUGACGCCGUGGCCAUCUACUACCCCCUCCCAACAAAGGUAAUCUGAGCCUGUGUGGUUAUUGAAGUCGUCGAGGCCAUUCAUUGUCUCCAUCUUCGUGACAGCCAUGGGAGGGACACGCAUAUCCGCCCAGAUCUUGUCCUGCAGCACUAAUGCCUGCCGCGAAUUUCUUCACAGAUUGGACGGCUAAUGGUCAUGAGAAGGUUAUCUAUGCCCCGUAGGGGGACAGGCGCUAAAGCAACCAAGCAAGCCCGUGAAGAACCUGCCUAACUGUCAGUAUCUAAUCAAUCUGCAAACAUCCUAGGCGAGUUUAUUGACCAAACGAGAAUCUAUCGGAUGCUUAUGUAUUCUUGCUAACCGAUCUUCUGAAUACCCAAACUGGACUUAAGGUAGACAGGCUUCCUGUAAUCCCCAUCGGUCACUGAAAAUAUCAAUUAAUCGCUGCUCACACUGUAAAGUGUUGGGGGGCCCAGCCAUUUCUUUAAAAGCAUCGAACACAUGUAACUGCAAAAGUCUAAUUCAGGUUCUGCUCUGCCUGGGGGUCACAGGCUAUUGGGACAAGUCCUUCAAAUUCGCUUUCCAUCGGUUCUCCUCGGCCGUGUUGACUGACGAUGCCGCGCCCAGAAGCACGACUCCGGGAGUUUAAGAGCGUCGUCUUGCAUCUGAUAGUUGAAGUCUGCUGGUUGACAUCCAGUCUUUGGGUUUGCGCCAGUCAUGGCAAGUGAAGUCUCGGCGAUUGCACUCCAAGGUGAACCCUGUCUUCUUCGGCUUGUAGUACAGAUGAGCAUCGCGAUUUUCCGUCAGAGCAAGAAGACCUGCGGUGUCUGGCUGAAGGCGACUGACGGUUUGACUGCACCAAAGUGUGUCAACAGUGAGCCUAGGAGGCGAAGUGAUUUUCAUAAAAGACUCCAGACACGAGCAUACUUCCGCUCUCGUACCCACGGGAUCUCAGCUGUGCUCGCUGCCCGUCUCGACCGUAUUCAUUAAGCGACAGUCGUUUGGCGGUCAUUUGACGUGGUAGUCCGUCCGCUAGUUGGGACGGAAAUGUGGCCUUCGUCACCACCAGCGUCCGCCGGAAACGUACUCCCUCCCCAACUUUUUCAACAACGUACUAAACUGGGUUAUGUAGCGCACGUCGGUAGACCACUGCGAUAUUGCAUUACCUCAUUGUCAACAGACCGGGUGGUCCGCUGUUGGGCUAUAUAAAAACAGUGACCGCAUCGGCUCGUGGCAUGCGUUAGUCGGGUUUUACUCACACGAGUACGUACGUCAAGCGUGUGAAGUGGCCCACACCGCGCCGGCCACUGUACGAAUUCUCGGAAUCAGUCCACCGAGAGGCUUGGACAGACACUACUGCAUGGUAGAGAGAAGGAAGAGCAAGGCUGAUGCUGAGAUAGCUCUUAUGGUGGCCAGUCAACGCACUCCUUGUUAUAAUUGAUCUGCCGCGUUUUUCAGUUGUCAUGCGGGGCUUGGAGUGGCCAGUUUUAGGUUCUUCGAUUGAGGGGAUAACUGUUUCUUGCUUAGGAUCGGAAGUCGUCCCGAAAUAGCCACUCGAUAAGGCCAUUAUGGCAUGAUCACGUAUAUAAAAUUUGGAACCCUCCCCUUUGUUGAGGCCUCUUUAACGAGGAUCUAGGAAGCAGGUUGCAUGCGGCACGAAUUGACGGGCUGUACAACCUUGUUAGCCACUGCACCCACGUCCAUCCGGCUAUGUUGGGACUACCAUCCUGGUAGGGCAAGGACAUACGUACCCCCCGCAUUGUAGGUGGACUAACGCUAAAUUCCGGGGCGGUUAGGGCUGAAGUUAGGGCACGGAAAUAGGUGCCUCCCUCGUCACUGCUCACACCUGAUCAUCACGGCAGUUAGACAGUGUACUGUUUCUUGUUAGACCACUUGACUUUGGCGAUACCUGACAGUUGUUCUUGAAGUCUCGCAGCAUGAAGACCGUGAGGCACGAUCACUGCCCUACCCGGGACGAUAAUUGCUGAUCCCCAUAACACCUCGUAGAAGCGGUACACCAGGACAGCGGAUUUUGGGGGGGGGAUGCGUUUUCGUCGGCACUAGGGGAACUUCUCAAAAGUGUCCCUCUGCCAGUCGCUUUGAGCAGCCCGCUAUUGCCGCCCUACAACCAGCCCAGUCCGACAGUCAUUCGGCCGCUAUUUCUCUCUAAAAUGAUGACUCUCUUUGAUGUCCCCGGCCGAUCCAGCCUAGGUUCGGGGUAAGACUGGUCUUAAACGGAAAAUCGGCCGGAAGAAAACGUUCCAUUUUGCCUGCUCAUGCUCGCCAUCUUAUGAAAUUUCUGCCUCCCAGUGGUUAAUUAAUCCACCCGGCAUGAGGCCCUGACGACGGCAAGUUAAGUGGAAUUUUGGGGUGAGAGUACGCCUGGGGACUUGAAACAAGGCAGUUACCAUUGAUAAACGUCCUUCUAACAUGACCACCACUAUUUACGAUCAAAACAAACGCAUCGUGAGCCCUCCUUCAGUUUGCUUUCGCGUUAGCCCCAUUGAGCGACUGGACUUGCUUUUUUGAUAUCAGGCCUUCUCAAUCUGGAUUUGGGACGUCUGAUGACGACCACGAAGAAAUAAGCUCGCUAUCCCAGUCCUCUUUAUCGUGUAUGCCUCUAGAUGUGUCCAUGUUUCUUUACCUUGCUUCCGUCCUGCUCUCCUCUUUCAAUAAGAUGGUUUAUCUCUUUUACGUCCUGUCUCCAUUAGAUCAAUCCCAUGACCUCUCACGCCCCCAAGACCACCCCUGACAGCGAAAGCUCCACCACAGAAAAUUCCACCGCAAGCCUCAAGUCUGGUGGGCGCAGAAAAGACUGUUGUGUGGACCAUUCUCACUGUAAAUCCGAGCUGCAGAAAGAAGAGAGCAUAAAGCUGGCCAACCGCAUGGCUGAAGCGCUAGCUAGAGCGCGAUCCGCCCGGUCAGAUCCAGCAACAGCUACAGCGGCGACGACCAAACGCCAGGCGCCCUCCUCCGCUCUAGCCUACCUGAUGCACAACAACAUCAUGAAGCGCACUCUUCACACCGGUGGUGUUGGCAGCCACACACAACUGCCGGACGAAUGUCGGGCCGCCGGUGGAGGCCUCGCCUACCCACCUGAAACAAAGUUCAUUUUCGACUAUCGUAUUCGUGACCCGAACGAACCCGACAUCUUCCUGGAUGACACUAAGAAGUACGGAAAACGGAUGGAACUCUAUUCGGGCAAGGAUUUUCAAAUAGAGGUGGGCAUUUGCCAGUUUCCUUUUUCUCUCACGCACACCACAGUUAUUCGUCUUACUGUGAAAGACAACCCGUGACUCACGCAGGGCAUCAUUACAUUUUUGCGCACUUCCCAUUUUCAUGUACAUGUAUGACGAGAAUCAGCAGUAAUAGGCAACCGUAAAGGAGUUUGCAUGGUGACGGUACACUGUUCAUAUCGGCCUGUAUUACGAGGUCGCAUGCAGGUAACUGGAUUUUGCGCCCCUUGUGAGAAUUGCUUACGUGGCUGGUGCAGUCGCACCAUAUAAUCCGAACUACGUGUAUGUCAAAAAGGAAAUCGCCACAAUUGUUGUAGAUAUACCUGAGGCUUUGCGCGAAUUUAUUCAUUUAUAUAAUGUUAAAGGAAGAAAUAUUUUCGAGGCUCCCCUGUGUCCACUGUCUACCGCACCUAUGUCGCACAUACAGACUGUGCACCUUGGAGUUAGUCAUUCUUUUAUUUCUUGACUCUUGUGAGCGAAACUCUUCAAUCCUACUUUCAUCCGUAGGCACCAUUGCGUUCUUGUUGAGCUUUAAUGUGGAUAUGAUCAUUUUCAACUUUUAUACGUCGUACUUUUCAUCUAAAUUUCAACAUUGGCAUGUGUCUCUGUUAAAUUUCGAGCUAGAAAAUUUCUGUUCGGAUGUAACUAAAGAUAUAUUUGUUGCUUUAGCCAGUUUUCAGAACAGAUAGAAGCGCGCAAUACUCGAAUCUCUCUUAUCAUCCGCACAAACGCAGCCGACGCAGCUAUCUGCUCCACGAGAAGUCCGUUGUAGUCAUGUUACGCUGAACCGAUUCUGACGCAUUUAUUGACUUGUCUACUGAUUACCAUUGGCUGAUAAGAUGACAGUUUUGAGAGCACAUUUCCGGCACGGCUGUAACUUUGAACUGGAGAUUAUGGCAGACUUAUGUGAGCGGAUUGGCGAGCUCGUAACUGACCUGCUUGGCUGCCGUUUAAAGUUAAGAGAAAAUGCCUUUUUAAACAAAUGUACUAGUUUCAACGGGUUUUUCCUGCGACUUACUCGGCCGAUCCAUUUCCUCACAUCACAGAAUGGCAGCCCUGGUGGUGGCAAUGGUAGUAGUAGUAGUAGUAGUAGUAGUAGUAGUAGUAGUAGUAGUAGCAGCGGCAGCAGCAGCAGCAGUAGAAGCAGUAGUACUAGUAGUAGUCCAAAACUCUCAUCAUUAAUAGCAGGUUUUGUCUUCGGAAAUUUUUCGCUGAACUUAAUUCGUUAUUUUUGUGAGCAAACUAGAAGUUAGCCAUUAGGCAAUUCGGGCUAAAUGACCCACAGACCUUUACCUGGCCUGAAGAUUAUUUGUUUACUUCCUUUCCUUUCUUACCUUCCUACUUGCGUGUAUUCGGAAUUUCCACUGCCUCUCUUCUACGAGUUAAACUUAAAAGCGACCUCUUCACAAGCGAAAUACUUAGAAACGAAAAAGUAAUUUUUACUUCAUGACACGAUAAGGACUCUACUGAGUCAUUGUCGCCUGUCAUGUGGAUCCUUAAUCUAGGCUGCGUAAAUACUGCCAGGCUUAGACAGAAGCAAGUCCUCGGAAUUUAUGGGUGGAAGAACUACCUUACUGCUCGCGUAGGGGACGGGUGGACAGUAGAGAAGGUCGGAUGUGGUUAUGUAACCCCACCCGAAGUAAACAAACCCAAGUCACCUCUAAUACAGGACCGGUGGUAAUAGGGGUUUUUACAGGUGGGACCGGGGAACGCACAGGCAACGAGGUCAAGUAAUUGUAUGCCGAAGCAAAGCUAUUGGGAAUGGGCAGCUGCACUUUGAGUGGUUGAGGAAUAGUUGCACUAACCCCAAACUAUAACCCCUAUUCCUAAACCAUAACCCCUAACCCGAACAGUAUUGUGUCCAUCAGGUGGGGCUACCAAACCACAUCUUACCAUAGCGAAUUAUCACAGCACGUUCCGCAGACUGUUUUCUAAGGUCCAACUUGUUGCUCAAAAAACUAAGGGAAGAAGGGAUGCAGGCAUUGAGACAUGGGGUAUUCCUCAACGCAACCCCUGUAAACGUAUUAAACAUGAUCUCAACGACAUUGUCAGUCCUCAGACCGGCAGACGUAUACACCAAAACAAGGAAACUCUUCCAUGUAAUAUAUUUCUUUAAACCAGAUAUACCGAACUGUGUUCAAGUUUGUUAAAAGGCGAAUUUUUGAUUCGCUCUCGGGUGUUGCCUAAGAGCUACUUUUUCAUUGACGCCACCCACUGUACGCGAGCUUUCCUAACCGAUACUGUCAAUGGUUUACAAGUUUUCCUGGUAGUUACUUGUUUCUUGUUACCUGCUUCUGGUCUCCUUGACUUCUGGUGGCCAUGUUUUUCCAGUACAUUCUCAACCUUUCCUUUCUUGCGCAUGUAGUUUUGGGAGCAGUGUCUGGGCACCAUGUUGGUAGGCGAGGUAGCUUCCUUCUUGGUCCCCGCGCGUUGUCUCGUCUCUUUCCCCGCGGUUAACAAAAAGUUGCGAGACUACAUGCUCGACAAGGGAGCUCCGGGCAGCGCAGGCGGGGCUCCAAAGCACACCUGCGGAUUUAUGAGCCUCCGUGAUCAGGGUGGUCUCGGAUAUCCCGAUCUGGAUGACUUAAUGACCAAUCCCAGGACCCUGGAAUUCAUUUUUGAGCUCAUCUCGUGAGUCUAACGGAUCAUUCUUCCUAAUUUUUCUAAUGUUGAGGAAGCUUCUGCUUACUUGUUUUUGUGGAGUAGAAGGCAGCUUCGGUUUGAUAAUUCUGCGGACACAAAACCUUCGCAAACUGGUGCACCGAGUUUUCUCCUACGAGGAAGGGCAGGGUGAUUAGCCGACGUGGAUACCUUUAAUGCUUAAAAGCGUCCGAAAGUACUGUGUUUUAGCGUCCCGCGCAUUCGAGUAGACUCUUUCUUCCUAAGUUUUGUCGCGAUACCUCUCUGGCCCUUCUUUUAACUCCUUUUUACCAAAUCCUGUCAGGGUUUGGGCUUUUCACCCGUAUUUAUUCAAAAGGAGGUCCUAUUCUGGUGCAGCUUUUAUCCAGGGACCCCGAACAGCAAUACGCCACUGGUUGAUGCAACUUUAUUAGAUGGCUGAUACCGUUCAUCAUACCAAAUAUCGCGUGAAUUACAGUGAGCGGCCGAUCUCAUGCAAUGUUAGUCGAAAUUCUGAAAUGUGUUUCCGAUUUGGAAGGAUUACCUAGGUGGGGUUAUAAUGUUGAUUAUCAUUCGGCAUAAUCCUAUGAUAUUUGGGACUCGACAGGAUGUCGCCUUUUAAACGCACUUUCCGUCGACCUCCUGUAAAAACCGCACCCGGUCAAAAAAUGACUGCUUAAGCAGUAUGCAUUUUUCACGUCGAUUUUCGAUGGCCCUAUAAAUUCGAAAAUAUUUUAUAUAAAAUGAGCACAAAUGUUUUCCUUCUUGUAGUCAUUUGGUAGCAAAUCAAGCCGUCUUUACAGUUUAUGCUCGGAGAUAGAAUACCUUUCGGUUUUAAGAAGUUUCUGAUUAUGAGAUUUUGUAGACCGUGUAGUGUGCCGUCUAUUAACGCAGCCCGCAUCCAUUGCAAAACUUUAUGAACUCUGCAUGGUAUCGUCUUAAAGGCAUAGAGAAAUGUACGAUUUUCCUUACUGGGAAAGUAUACACCUCGUAUACUGAGGUCGGUGACCGCCAAUGCAACGGCACAUGCGGCUCAAGAUUAUUCGAGGAUGGUAAAAUUUUUUAAAACCAAAUUAGUUCCCCUCUUCGAGCAUAAAAAGUAAAAAGGGCCUGAUUUACUACCAAAGGAAUAAAAGAAAGCAUAUUUGUGUACACGUCUCUAUAAAAUGUAUUUGAAUCUAUAAGACGUCCGAAAGUCUAUCGAAUGUGCUUGCUGCUUAUGUAGUCAUUUUUAAAGAGUGCGGUUUUUACAGGUCGAAAAGAAGUCCAUUCAAAGGCCAACAUCCUGGCGAAUUCGAAAUAUUACGGGAUUGUACUACGUAAUUAUUAUUAUUAUUAUUAUUAUUAUUAUUACAACCCCACCUGAGUAAUCCUUCUUAAUCAAAACUCAUUUGCGAAUUUCCGCCAACAUUUCAUGAUAUCUGUUACCGACUGUAUGUACUUUACAUAUACCACUGACUUGCCGGGGAGCCUGCCAGCCACGUCUGUCUGUACUGUCUCUCUCUGUGUGUGUUUGGAGGCCACUUGUCCGUUGGCCUUCAACUCGCUGUUUGUGGCUGUCAUGACUGUUGACGGGGAGUCACACCCUGCGCGCUCUGUGUGGAUGGCUCGCAGAUAGACUGACAGAAAAGAUCCUGUCUUUUCGGCAUCCCCGUCCUCGCACACACGAAGGCGGCAGCAAACCACACACUUUGCAAAUCAGCAUUGCCUCGACUGGCGUGAUGGUGCGCAGCACUGUGCACCACAUGUGGGGAAAACGGACCUCGUAGGGGGAGACACAUUCGACUGUUUUCGAGUCGUCGGCGGUGUCUAAUUUGAGCUCUAGUUCCCCGAUCUUGUCUUUUUGUGUCAGCACCUGGCGGCUUUAUUCGUGUGAUCGGCCGAAUGCGCCCUCUCUCCGGUGAAACCGCGUUCUUAUCUGCGGCGAUUGCUGAUUCGUGGCGCCGUGGUAGUUGGUAACUUGUGCACUGUUUGUCAUCCUAUCGUGCCCACAGGACAUCCUACUCGGACUGGUAUCUGUUUCUUUCUCAGCACCUAUCAGUCAUCUGUAGGUUUUAUAUCAACAAAUCUUGUAACAUGUGAAUUAUACCUAUUUGUGCGACAUGUGUGACGGCUUGGUAAUGUCGCUAAGUGUUCAUAAACGCACUCUGGCGACCCACUGUCGGUUAAGUUACCUGCUUUAUUACUCUGGAGUUGAGAACCCUAGCCAUGAACAGCGGACCACCUUGACACCUUUUUUUCCAGUGAAAAUGUAGCCUGCAAAAAACGUCUAUUUUGUCCUGAUUUUAUUCCUGGAAGGCAGACUUGAAGUUAAUGCUUGUCUCCUGACGCUGUGGAUGCUUUAUUUCCUCUUAAAUAAUACGUACUUUACCGCAACCUGUGAUCAGAAUACAGUAACCUUUGGUGGACACUCGCGUCGCUCGAUUUGAAUGUCUGACGUGGUUCGUUGUGGGGCCAAGUUAAGGUAUACGGCGAUUUGAGCGUCGUUGCCGACAACGUCCACCGUGUGCUCCACAGCAGGGGGAGAGCAGGAACGGUGACUUGCGCGUGAAUUAGUUUAUAGUGAUAGUGGACUUGUGCUGCACCUACCACACUAUCUCCUUCUUCCCACCUGGAUCCGGUGUCAUGAUCAAGUCAAGAAGACCGGAGGCAGGAGGGGACGCAGGUGGCUGGUACGGCGAAAACCGCACCUAGGCGUACCACCACAUCCCCUGGUCCACAACAAACGCCUGACCAGGGUUUUAAGCAGCAACAAAAACUGUGUGCGGCUCGGAUCCCAAUUGGUGCUGCCUGAGCCUACAACUGUGCCCGCCACUACACCCCGAAUGUUGGCAUUUGUUAUGGAUGCGCAUUCCCGAUAACGCCUACCGGACUCCGACCUAGCUCUCAUGUUGAUCCAGCGCAUAAAUCGCGUGGCCCGUUUUAUUAGGGGGGCAUCGAAGUAUACACAUCCAGUAGGUGAAACGCUCACUGGGAUUUUGGAAAUGUGAUUUCGGCUAGAAGGAAUUCCUACUUUGGUCAGUAACAUGGAUUAUCACGCAGCAUCAUCCCAGUUUAUUACUGUCACAUCAGGAUGUCGGCUUUUGAAUGCGCGUCUUUCGAUCUCUUGCAAAAGCUGUACUUAACGUAAAAUUUCUACCCAAGUCAUGUGAAUUCGUCACGGAUUUUUGAUUUGAAUAUAUUUCGUAGUGAGCGUGCACAAAAACGUCCUUUCUUGUACUCUUCUUGAAGCAAAUUAUGCCUUCAAAAUUCUUGCUGGGAGAUGAGCUUUCUUUUGGUUUUAAAAAGCUCGUAGUUACAAGGUUUUCUAAGGCCGUGAAGUGCUUGUUUACAUAGCAUCGUAUCCGCCCUUCUAUUAAUGGUCCGUUUGAAGUAUGCGACAUGGUCCAUAUGCAUUGCAGAAUUUUAUGGGCGUUGUAUAGCAUCUUCAUAAAAAAGCAUUGAUAAAUGUAUGAGUUUACGUAAAUGGAACGUGUGCGGCAUGUAUUCUGUAAACAAUAAGUGCAAUUACAACGGCAGAGCGCGUUAAAAAGUAUGUGAGAAUUUAAGUCUUUAAAAUUGAAUAAAAGUUCUCUCAUCGAGUAGAACGUUUAAUGAAGUCGUAUUUUACUUCAAAAAGAGUAUAAUUAAGGGUGCAUUUGUGGAUGCUUUUUUCGAAAUACGUUUGAAAUUACAAAAGCGUCGGAAGUCAGUGAGAAAAUGCAGUCAACUUAAGUAACCAUUUUGGCGAGUGCGAUUCCUACAGACAACCGAAAAAGCGCGCAUAAAAAGCUGACAUUCUGAUGUAACUUACUUAUAUUGGGGCUCCUCUAUAUGGCAGUCUAUAUUGCAACCCCCUCUCUGUAAUCCUUUUUGACUGGAAUCAUACUUUGGAAUUUCGAUUAACGUCUCAGGCUUUAAGUCACCCUCUAUAACUCGAGCUCUUCUGCCACUGCUGCUCGCAAGAGUCCGAGCAUGGAUUGUGGAGUUAAAAUGUUCGUCUUCCCAGUAGGUUGUCUUGACGCAUGUCACAUGCUGCUCGAGGUCUAUUAGACCGAACUGAGGUUGCAUGUGGUUAUUACUUUACGGUCCUCCUAAACACAGUCUGCGCGUUGUACCGGUCAGGUCACUGCGACCAAGUAGCUGGGCGUCCCGGUCUACAGUUGUCAUUGGUAGGAUACUCUGGUGGAGUCUAGUGACUAAGGUUGCAUACCUCUCAUAGUCACCCACUGUUAGUAGACACCGUGACGAUGUGUUAGUGGUUAAGUUUCUGACUGACCUGUUCUCCCCUGUUUAGCGCGAAACCCCCAGGACAAAGCGAAAGACAACUGAACAACCACCAAAUCGCAGUGUCGGUUAAGGUACGCCUAUUUGCACUCGCAUCGUGGGCAUUAUCACGGUUCAGAUGGCUUAUAAUGUGUCUGCAGAGCGUUAGCGACAGUUUGGGCAUGUUGUCUGGCUGUUAACAUUCUCUUUUUUUCGGCUCAUGUUUGUUUUCUGCCUCAUCGCACACUUACAGGACGAUCUAUCUCCAUUGUUUCUCGACGGGGACUAUCCUCGGUUCACAGAGUCUUUUAUUUGCUCAAAUUUUCACUGUUCCUAUCUUAAGCCUACUGAGCCUUAAUCACUUGAGAACCCCACGAAACAGACUCCACGUCCCAGUUCUCCUUUGCAACAUUUUAUGCGUAUCCAGAGCACUUUCUUGGGAAUUCCGAGCAACAUUAAGUGGAUCGUACCUGCCGGAGAGAACUUAUGUUCAAACACCUAUUGGUCUAGACGUGUGCCUACGACCCCUGUCAGCUGCAAUUGUUUUCAUCACCAGAGUUUGGGUUGACUUUUCCAACAUUCUCUCCCCGCAUGGUAACUCAACUGGUGUUAAGUAAGCUCUGGGUAAGAACGGUUUGUCGGUUGGGUUAGUCAAAGCAAAAAAGGCACCGACCGGAAGCCCGUACACCGGAUGAACAGAACUGCGCAAAUAAGGCAAAACACACCCUGGCUCACUAUGUCUGCUAAUGCUUUGCCAACAGUCAGUUAGCCUCGAACACCAGCAUGUGGGGUUUUAUUUUCGGGGACUGCAAGUUUUGGCUUUUUAGCGUUUUCUCUCUCUCUGUCGAAGGGCUUCUCUGUGCGAGCAUGGGGAGACAACUAGGUACAAAGGGCGCUAAUUGUGCACCCUACUGCUGUCAGCCAACGACUACCUCGCACGACAGAAUUCUCACACAACAACUCUCGACGGAGGGUAUGGACUUCGCUCCUUUGCCAUCGCGGACUUUCUGGUCUAAGGCAGAUUUGAAUACAACCGCCAGGGGCUGUUGCUGGCACAGGGCGUGAAGUUUGACUUCGGUCACUCGCAUUUACACUUUUAUCGAAGAUUGUUUUUUUUUUUAAAAAAACGCGGAUUUUCACAAGACUGGACUUUUUGUUAAUUACUCCUCACUACUUCAUGCGUCUGUCAUGCUGCCACGUUAACAGUACCAGAGCGCUAAUUAAACGACGAGGAUUGGUAAAUGGAACGAACUGCUCAAAUUUCUCUGACAUCUCGUAAACCAUGGCCUAUCGUCCAACGUCAAAGCGUUUGACACAAAAAAAUCGAACAGAAAGUUAGACGGUGCACCGAACUGGGCGAUUUCUGGCUGACUGACUUCUCUACCGCUUUUUACCUAGUUUACACCCUAACGACAUCUUGCCCCUUACCCCGAUUGACGGUAACCGAGCACAUAAUAUAACAAAUCCUUUUACGCUCGUUGAAGAACUCUCUCAUCACAACUACCAACAGAGGCCGACAACAGUCCUCUCUGAGAUGCCAAUCAGAUCGCAGUGCGACCAGCCCACAAUAUCAAAAGUGCUGAAACCAGCCAAGUUCUCGCUAAAUACCCCAGUACCUACUGAAAUUACCGUCUUAAGCAAGAGAAACACUCCAUUACCGGAGGACGCAACAACCUUUCUGUGCACGAGGAAUACGGGCUGCAGUGCACGCAACUGGAAGCAUGGUGGCCACCUGAAACUCACGGCACUGUCUCCGUCUAUACGUUGCACCCAGGCAAACGUCGCCCGCUCCCAGCCCUGCCCUGCCCAGUCGUGAGUGCAUUUUUUCCAAGACAGAGGGAAAAUUAGCCCAAAAGUGAAGGCUCAGCGCGCAGGCGUACGGUCGCACUUUUGACGUUUCUCAGAAUUUUUAACUUACGGUGACUCCCUUAUCUCGUUCUAGGUCAUGCAAGUUUACACUGAUGGCGCAAGAUAUGGGUGCUUUUAAACGGAAAAAAACGACGUCUGAUUGAGAGAAAUAGGGAGUCGACGCGGUUGUAAGGUGCAUUCAGAGAGUGGAAAUUGUGGCGCCGACGCAAAUUAGCAAAGGGAGACGAUAGUUGAGCAGUUCCGAGCGUGAGGGAUGGUUAAGUCUACUUUCGAGAGAGUAUGAUGUGAGGCUAAUCAGGAAGUUUUCUAGGACACGUGUAGAUUAUAGUUAGGAUUAGGACACGGGAAUAAGUACCCUUCCAAGAACGUAACGUAAGACCACCUGUGUAGCGGGAGGCUCCUAUUCCCGAGUUCUAAACAAGGCACUUUGAUCCGCGACAAAUUGUCCAGAUUAAAAAUGGCACAUGGCUUCCGAAAAAGACGUCUAUGGCAUUUAACAUUUUCUUUAAAAAAAAAACAUUGUUGUUCAUAUGGGCUUAACCACGCGAGCCACUUUCUAAGAAGGCACCACCCCAUCCUUACGAACUCAACAAAGGCGAAAUGUAGAGAAGUGUUUUCCGACCAACAGUGCAACCAGUUUUUGGACUUCGGAACUGCUCCGCUCGUCUCCCUUUGCUAAUUUUCGUCGGCGCCACAAUUUUCACUCUCAAUCAGACGUCGUGUUUUCGUUUAAAAGCACCCAUAUCUUGUGCCAUCAGUGUAAACUUGCAUGACCUAGAACGAAAUAAGGGAGUCACCGUAAGUUAAAAAUUCUGAGAAACAUCAAAAGUGCGACCGUACGCCUGCGCGCUGAGCCCUCACUUUUGGGCUAAUUUUCCCUCUGUCUUGGAAAAAAUGCACUCACGACUGGGCAGGGCAGGGCUGGGAGCGGGCGACGUUUGCCUGGGUGCAACGUAUAGACGGAGACAGUGCCGUGAGUUUCAGGUGGCCACCAUGCUUCCAGUUGCGUGCACUGCAGCCCGUAUUCCUCGUGCACAGAAAGGUUGUUGCGUCCUCCAGUAAUGGAGUGUUUCUCUUGCUUAAGACAGUAAUUUCAGUAGGUACCGGGGUAUUUAGCGAGAACUCGGCCGGUUUCAGCACCUUUGAUGUUGUGGGAUGGUCGCACUGCGAUCUGAUUGGCAUCUCAGAGCAGGCUGUUUUCGGACUCUGUUGGUAGCAGCUCCGGUAUUCAUGUCGAGCGUAGGCCAUUUGUUUCGUCGCAAAAUGAUUUUGUGCCUAUCAUCUGCGUUAGACGGAUAUCAAUGGGACAGUUUUAUUUGAUUGAUGUAUCUGUUUCUGCUUUCUGUUAUGUGGUGUUCAGGGCAGCUUCUUUGGAGCUUUGAAUGAACCCUCCCCUGUUCAUGUAUAGAUCUCCCUUGUGUAUGCCAUUGUGCUUCUGACUUCAUCGUCCACUUCUUGAUGUUUUGCUGUCGGCAUUCCUGCAGUUUGUGUCGGAUUCUCCCAUAGCUGGUUAUUUUAUGCGUUUGUGCACUGAUAUUUCGAUUUGCCGUUACCUGCACUUCGGCACCCUCCGAAUUGCGGUGUUUUUACUGUUAGUAUUUCUUCCUGGUCUCUGAUCGGUUUGCUCAACUCUCCUUCCUCCUUUCCCAUUGAAUCACCGUCUUCGGCAGUUAUUUUUUCUUCUCUGAUACUUCUAAUAUUUCAUACCGCCUCCAAAUCACGACAGUCUGACCAUCGUGAUCGCUAAUGUCCACCCAGUGCUCUACAGCAGGGUGCGAGCGGGGAUGGUGGCGUGCGUGUGUGUGUGUGUGCGUUAGUUUAAAGUAGUAGUGGAUUUUCGCAGCAUCUAUCGCACUCUCCUCCUCACCCACCUUGACCCGGUGUCAUGAUACAGUCAAGAUCGGCGAGUGGAGGGGAUGCAGGUGGCUGACACGACAAAAACCCGCACCUAGGCGUACUACCACACCCCCUGGGCCACAGCGUACACUGGCCAGGAUUUUAAACAAGAAAAAAAGGAGGGAGCGGCUCGGGUCCCAUUUGGCGCGUCUUGGGCCUGCAUCUGGGCCUGACGUCCACGUCCCCGACGUUGGUUUUUGUCAUGGGUGCACAUUCCCUGCCAGACCCCGCUCUAGUCCCUAUUUUGGUUCAACGGAUCUACCGCCUGGCUCGUUUUAUGCGCAACCCACCUCCAAGUAGUGAACUGUUAGUGCACGAGAAAAGUGCCGCCUCGCCAUAACCACCACACUCCCUGGUCUCCCACGGGACCAUAUCGCACCCGGAAACAGCAUCUGCGGGUUCUCUAUUCUUGCGUACGAUCUCUUCCACCUUUUGCUGCCGCCCGAAAAUUUGUCUUCGUUGCGGUGUUAGUAGUUAAGGUACACACGCUCUCCUUGAGGCCUCUCACUCAGAAAAAAACACUGCUGACUGGGAGCUCUGUUUCACUGGCUGCCGUCAGCAUGGCUUCGGUGCCGUUUUUCACUGAAUUUUCAUGGUCUGAGUGUCGCGUCGUGUAAACUUCCCCUGCGUUUCUUGAAGCGUGCUGCCACUCUGUCGCAAAGCAUGCCAGACGAGAUUUUUUCUUCCCAGCGCUCUCCUCCGCCUCCCCGUUUCACACCUUUUUCCGUCAGCCCGCAGUCCCGAUCCCAGUCCACCGUUCCGCUCUGCCGUCCCACUGCUUAACUCCACUUUUGUGGGAUUUUGCGGGAAGAGUCUGUGAGCGGUUGCCGGCAGCCCAGGUGAGUAAAAUCGAGUAUUUUUUUUUAGCCUUCGAGAUAAUUGUGUGCGGAGGGAGCGGACAGGUUUGCACAGGCACUCUAACAACCGACUGAAUCUCAUAAAUGCACUAGUACACCUGGAAUAAUUCGACUGAUGCCCUUAGAGACAACCACGAGGGCAAGUGUGACACACAUCCCAGCCAAUCAUACCCUCGCUCGGGAGUCCAUCAUCAAACUAAGCAUAUUCCGGAGUCCAAGUACCUUUGGAAACAUUCAUUCCUACAGACUCAUGUUUCCGGAACUAUUAACUCGAAACAUGUAUCCCUGUACUAUGCCGUUUUUUUUUUAUUUCUCCUUGCUAUUACGCCCCUUUUGGCUUAAAACAUUCCCAAUCCGCGCACUAUUGACUGAGCAGGAAAUUAAAUCUAAUGGGGCCAAAGUGCAGCCGAAAUGGGUGGGCUUAUUCUAAGUUUUCUUUUUCUAUUCUCUAAACAAACUGGCGGCGCCUAAAGUAGACUUGUUCCAUGUGUGCGCAGCUUAGCCAGGCUUUGUCUGUCAAGAUGACCAAAAGCAUUUUUCGCAGUUCUGUUCCCUGUGUGCAAUCCUCGAAGCCUGAAAUCCUGUUUAACAUGUCCCAUUUAGGUUAAGCAGCCGCUAGGAAGAGUCAGCCUCUUGAUGCUGACCAGCCUGACCAAACCCGAUAACGCUCACAAAUUUGGCUUACUUGCCGGAUGCACUAUGGACUUUUGCUAGCUCAGCUAUGUCUCCUUCCCCCCCCCCCUCCCCAACUCCCCUUUCUACUUAUAAGUUUUCAGCGUUGGCUGCUUUCCUUCAUUCUCUUCCCUCAGCCGUCAGUAGUGUAAAAGCUGAUAGGCCAUCUCCGGUUGGUACACGCUGAGACACACCUUGGACGUGUAUGUUUUUAUGCCUAAAAUAACGCUCACAUGUGCGCAGCAAACGACUCAACGAGUCUUUCGCAGUUACUGCUAAUAUGACAUUCCCAGCAGGGUGAUUUGUAAGAACUCCCCGGGGGAAGAAAACGUUGUGUGCCCUGAUGCCUAAUUAGGUGAGACAGUUUGAAGUAAUUAUUUUGUAAAGCUGGCGGAAAUAUGGCCAGUUUUCGGAUAUUAUUGAUCUGGUUAUGUGGAUUUGCCAGAUUUGCCUAUACGUCGAUUUUGGGGCUCUCCCUGUUUUAUCACUUUUGAGCGCGCAAAUGGCAAUGCUUCCCAAACAGCGACAAAACUGUCUGACUAUUCAUUCUUUGUAUCUUCUGUCUUAAUAUGCCUCUUGUUGACGUAAACUCUUCCGACUGGCAAAGGUCAACUAAACGUCCUGCUUUAAUUAACGUAAUACUGUAAGGGAUUGGUCCCACAAACUUUAUCUGCUGUAUACCGCGUUUCACUAUUUCUGAGAUUUUUUCCUCUAAUGGUCCCGUAUGUAUGUCACCAGGGUUGGAGGGAUUCCAUAUUUUUUAUCUUGGGACGCAUUUUUGAAAAUUCGUCCAGCCCAUACUUACGACGGUAAGGAUUGUUUCUGUGCCCUACCUGAGGGAUACGGGAGUAGGAACGUCGCGUAACGCAGGUAGCUUUGCGCUAUGUUUUCAGCGAAAUUGUGGCCAGGGUUAACGUUAGUGUUAUAGUCACGUUUGCGAUUAGGGUUAAGAUAUGAUUAGAGUAAGGGCCAAGCUUUGGACUAGGACUAAGGCCAGUUUUAGAGUUAAGACACGGGAAUAGGUACCGUUCUCGGAAUUUGACUUAAGACAACCUGUAUUACGGGCGGUACGUUCCUAUUCCCGUGUCCUGUCGGUGGGGGCUAUAUAAGAUAUUCCCACCCUUAAAACUAAUGCGCGGUUUAUGUAUGCAAGUAGGGGACUGUGGCCAACAUGCGUUUACGAUGGGUUGUCGUGCAUAUAGGGUGUGGUAGAAUCAUGUUUGAGGCGGGCUGAGCCUCUGAAGCCGGUGGUGCUCGAAUGACCAGAGGGGUGUACGGUGUGCAGCGUUUGGCCGCUGGACCGCGCUGAUGAGCAGGUGGCUGGAGUGCAGUCGGUGUCCUAGCGAUGUUGGUCUACGUCAUUGUCACUGUUAGAUAGCAGUUUUUGGCAAAACGGAAACUAGCAUUUUUCGAGGCUUCCUUUACGCGCCUGUCACUUCUUACGGACCGUUUUUCCCAAUUUCGAUUUCAACUGCCGUAUGCAAAUAGGACGAUGAUAUGUGCUCCCGUGCAGAUUUGGAAUACUGAUAUCUUUAUUUGUGUGCCCUUAGGUGGAGGUAGGCUACCUGUCUUCGCUUCACUUCGCGAGACGGUAGAAUUAACUCAUGCCUAAAUGCUGGAUUAACGAAAUUUUAAGAUUUUUUGCCUCUCGUCGUCUUCACACGCCUAAAGGGUUGUACUGCCGAGUCAGGCUCGCAAGGAGACCUGGAUCAUGACUCCGGAGGAGAAAGCCAAGACGGUGCCCAGUCUGCGUAAGGAGGGCAACGACCUCUAUGCUGCAGGCAAGUGGUUCGAGGCUGCCGCCAAAUACGAAGAGGCGUUGGGCCUGCUCGAACAACUGCUUCUGCGCGAGAAACCCGGCGAACCGGAACACCGCAGUAUCGAUCUUUCGCGUGUGCCCUUCCGCGUCAAUUUGGCUCAGUGUCAAUUCAAGCUUAAGGUUGUUCGUCCACGCUCCCCCCUUCCAAUCUUUUGUUCUGACCGUUUUUUCUCUUUUCCGCGUGAUCUUUUGCAUCCUUUCUUUUUGCCCUUCCCUUGUUCGUUGGCUCUGGGGAUUUUGGAUUUUGCAAAAAGGCUAACUUAGGUGCUGAUGGGGUCGACGAUCACCAAUCUGACCUGGCUGCAAGACAGAUUCCGGGUUUCCUGCCCGACCUUGCAACUCUGUCUCAGAGCUCUCAAAGGCGGUCGCACAGCGACGAAUAAUUAUUCCUCAAUUACGCUUCCGAUAUGAGUAAGGAAGACUGGUAUAACCAUUUGUUGCGUAAAUACCGCCGUCAGCUAGUUCACCAUCCCCCAAUGCCAGGCUGGUGGAACCUGAGAUUUUAAUUGGGUCUAUUUGGCCACUGAGAUGUGGAUGGGUUCACACCGUAUCCAUCCUCUUAAUGUUGAUUAUGGUGGCGGUGGCGAGAAAGAUCAGAUCAAGGACGCGGCUGAAGCUGGGAUUCAAGUCUUCCAAGGUUGAUGGUUACACCAAGAAGACAUGGAUUUUCUGCAAAGUUUUUUUUACAAUGAUCCAGAAGUCAGGUUCUAGCAGAGCUUUCAGGACAGAUCUUUUUUCUCGCUCACGUCUUCUACUAGGGACUCCCCCGGUCAUCGUGGCUUUCGAGCCGAUCGAACAUGCACACAUUCGGACUUCGUGCUUCCAAUCACGACGAUCCACAAACUCCCAAUCAAAUCACUAGGCCUACUGAUUGGCCCUUGCAUGAAACUUAGUUAUUCACGUACCUAUCACCCCCUGUAGGGAGACGCGCGUCGAGGACUCUGACCGUAAUCUGUGCAAGAUACACUUGUCUUUUGUCUUCUCCUACUAACUAGGACGUGAUCAUUCGUCUUGCCCUUGUCCCAACGCAGUCUCUACUUAGCUAUGGUCGCUUGGAGUCGUUGCCUUCUGUGAGGGACUGCGUACCGUGCUGUCCUGAAAGAAGCAUUUCUUUAUUCUUCAAAUAGGUCGCCCUCGAUACAGAAUUUGCACUGUGGUGUACCAUUGGUUUCCAUUGUGCUAACGCCGUAGUAUCCUGGCGUGGCAACCAACCAGAAUCCAAGGGCUGGUCGCAUUAAGAAAGAGCACCAGGAAACACAUGUGGAUGACGUUUAUUCUCUACGGAAAGUUAAAGCGCGGUCGUAGUAAACAUUGCGUGCUUCUUGUCAACUGGUAGCGUGUGUUGACCAGUCAGAGCCGAGCAUUAGUUAUGGACUCGUUAGAGUAUUUGCCGCGUUUUAGCGAAAAAAGUCGGUGGAUUGAUUGGCUGACACUUGUGCUUGGCUGGUUUUGCUAAUACGUCGUUUGUCCGCAGCGCUAAUUGCAUGACUGGUAUCCUAACAUUGCGUGAAUGCCAACUACAGGCAGAAACCUGAACUAGAACUACGACCUGCAGGUGUCCCACUCAAAGUUCCGGAGGCGUCAAGUUUGCGUCCUGUCGGUUUCUGUUACCUGAUUUCGUCCGUCUGUUGAAACAGUCUGCUGGAGUGGACUUUAUGUGGAUUCAAAAAGUGUUUAGAGCCAAAGGUGAGAACUGAACGUCCCCGUUGGAAUCAAAUAAGUCGUCCCACAUCAGACACGCCAGAGCUCUCAAGGUCUAUGCUAACCUGGACUUGCUUUAACUGUCGACUAAAUAUGUACUUACGCUUUUAUGAGUAGAUGUUAUUUUGAAAUUCUUCCUUUCAGGAUUACUACGGUGCCAUUAGAAGCACGACCGAGGCUCUUGCUGGUGAGCCCUCUAAUACAAAGGCUCUCUUUCGCCGUGCAAUGUCCUAUUCGGCAGUUGGUGACUUAGACCUCUCAGAAAGCGAUUUUCGCAAAUUGGGCACCUUGGCUCCAGAGAUGAAGAGUACUGUUGACCGGGAGUUGGCCAAUCUAGCCGCUAAAAGGAAAGCAUGCAAGGAAGAGGAAAGACGCCGUUUAGCUGGAAAGUUGUUCUCUCCGGCAAACGGCACCUCGGUCUCUUAG